AGCUUUGCAACUCUUUGUCGCAGAGGAGAAAUCGCCAUGUGGUCUUCAUCGGGAAACACUUCACAGCUUCAAACUAGGAAACAGGAGAGGAAGUCGAUAUCUGCGGGUUUUAAGGCAGAGAAUCUGAUACCAGGGGUUGUGAUAGGUUUCAUCAUUGGUAUGUUGUUGGAUUUGUCACAGCAAGUCAAGUUACCCGUGAAAAAGAGCAGACUUUUGUCAAGUAAGACCCAGAACCAGAGUUCUGUACAGAGCGAUGGCAGUGAUAAAGAGCUUAAAAUGGUUUUAGUAGUUAGGCAAGACUUAAAGAUGAGAACAGGCAAAAUUGCUUCACAGUGUGCACAUGCUGCUACCGGCAUGUAUGCAGAGUUAAUGAGGAGUGACCGAUACCGUCUGAGGCAAUGGGAGGAGUGUGGGCAGCCAAAGAUAGCCGUCACUUGCAAAAACCAGCAAGAAAUGAACAAGAUUGCAGAAGCGGCUGAGAGCGUUGGCCUCCCGACUUUUGUUGUGGCUGAUGCGGGAAGAACAGAGGUUGCAGCUGGAUCAAGAACGGUUCUUGCAGUUGGACCUGGACCAAAACAGUUGGUUGAUUCUAUAACUGGUAAGCUGGCAUUACUCUAAAGCUGGAGCUUUCUCCAGGAUGCAGGCAAGUUAGUUGCUGUUCUGUAGUGACUAAACUUAAGGUACAUUAAGGUAUCUUGUUGGUUAAUGUUAGAUAUAGUUUUGUAAAUCAUUCGAUUGAGUUCUGUCAUUAUCUAGUUUUUUUCACCGUGGUAACCAAAUGACAUGGUUUUUGUUUUUUUACAUCAAGUUCUGAUAUUAUCAAUUUCUUUUUUCCUCUCAUGAAAACACUGCUAAG